UAUUUCGAGGUGCCUUAUGGAUUGUAGGAGAGUACUGUACAGAAUGUCAAGAUAUUGAGGAAGCUUGGAAACAAAUAAGAGCUGGACUUGGGGAAAUUCCGAUUUUGGCCUCAGAACAGCGUUUACUUGAAGAAGCAGAAAAGGAAGAAAAGGGAGAAGAUUCUGUUUCCGAUAAUAAAUCUGCUAACACGUCAUCAUCUCGUCGUAUUCUUGCUGAUGGCACAUAUGCUACUGAAUCCAUAUUUUCAUCUAAUUCAUUAAAUUCGGCAAAGCUUGAUGCUGUUAAAGCAGCUGCAAAACCACCGUUGAGAUGUAGAUAUGGUUUCUUAUCAGUUAUUCACAAUGCUGUAAACAUUAAUUUCCUAAUAUAUCACUUUAUUUUAGCUUUGUUAUUGAGUGGAGACUUCUUCCUUGGAUCCGUACUUGCUGCAACUUUGACUAAGUUAGUAUUGCGUUACGCUGGUGUCUCGAAGGAUGUAAAAAAAACGAAUGCAUUGAGAGCAGAGGCAAUGCUUAUAAUGGCUAGUAUAAUUCGAGUUGGGCAAUCACAAUUUGUGUCAACACCUAUUGAUGAGGAUUCAUACGACAGAAUCAUGUCUUGUCUGCAUGUUUUAGAACAGCUUUCAAUUGAUGCUUCAAUCAAGUCCGCGUUCCUACAAGAUACGAAAGCAGCCUUUGCAAGGAUUGUAGAAGCUGAAGAGAAACGUACAGCAGCAAAAAAAGCUAAAGAUAAAUCCGUAGCAGCAGUCCAAGUUGAUGAUCUUAUUUCUUUCAGACAAUUUUCAAAGCGUAAUUUAGGAGAUGAAGCUGAUGAGUAUGAAUUGGAUCUGACACGCGCUACUGGUCAAAGUGAUCCGAGAGAUGAUUUGAUUUCAAAACUUAGCCGCGUUGUUCAACUUACAGGAUUUUCCGAUCCUGUAUACGCAGAGGCUUAUGUCAACGUUCACCAAUAUGAUAUUUUACUGGAUGUCCUGAUUGUUAAUCAAACCAGCGAGACAUUGCAGAACCUCUCUAUAGAGUUUGCUACUUUGGGUGAUUUAAAACUAGUUGAGAGACCUACACAACAUAAUCUCGCGCCCCAUAGUUUUCACAGUGUUAAAGCUACUAUUAAAGUUUCAUCUACAGAGACUGGUGUAAUUUUUGGUAAUAUUGUUUAUGACGGACCUGGUACUUCUGAGAGCAAUUGUGUUGUGCUUAAUGACAUUCACAUUGAUAUAAUGGAUUACAUUAAUCCUGCGUACUGUAAUGAAACUCAGUUCCGAAGUAUGUGGACAGAAUUCGAAUGGGAAAAUAAGGUCAACGUUAAUACCAAUAUCACCGAUUUACGAGAAUAUCUAUCUCAUAUUAUGAAAUCAACAAACAUGAGUUGUCUAACUCCAGAAACUGCAUUGUCCGGGAAUUGUGGUUUCUUGUCUGCUAACAUGUACGCUCGUAGUAUCUUCGGCGAAGAUGCAUUGGCUAAUCUUAGUGUAGAAAAACAAACUGACGGUGCAAUUACCGGUCAUGUUCGAAUUAGAAGUAAAACACAGGGAAUAGCAUUAAGUCUCGGAGAUAAGAUCACGUUAG